AAUGAAGUCUCUGGUGAAAUACCAAGGCAAAUAGGCACUAUGAGUAGUCUUGUGACCCUUAACUUGUCAAACAAUCACUUAGUCGGUGACAUCCAUCCUGAAAUAGGACACCUAAAGCACCUGGUUAGAUUAGACUUGUCCAUAAAUAGUCUUUCCGGCUAUGUCCCAAGCAAAUUAGAUGACUUGACAAAACUAACCACCUUAUACCUUGAUCAUAACCAACUUUUUGGAAAAAUUCCACAAGAAUUAGGUUGCCUUGUGAACUUACAGGAUUUGGCGCUUAGUGACAACACACUAACUGGUGCCAUCCCAUAUAGCAUAGGAAAUUUGCCGAAACUCACAACCUUGUAUCUUUACAAUAACCAACUUUCUGGACACAUCCCUCGAGAACUAUGUCGCCUCGUGAACUUAAAGGAUUUGGAGCUUAGCAACAAUAGACUAACUGGUUCCAUCCCAAAUAGCAUAGGAAAUUUGACAAAACUUACAACCUUGUACUUUGACAGCAACCAUAUUUCUGGACACGUCCCUCCAGAACUAGGUUUCCUUGAGAAUUUAGAGGACUUGGAGCUUAGAAACAACACACUAACUGGUUUCAUCCCAAAUAGCAUAGGAAAUUUGACAAAACUCACUAUUUUAUAUCUUUACAUGAACCAACUUUCUGGGCACAUCUCUCGAGAAGUAGGUCGCCUUGAGAACUUAGAGUACUUGGAUCUUGGCAACAACACACUAACAGAUUCCAUCCCAAAUAGCAUAGGAAAUUUGACCAAACUCACAAAUUUGUACCUUGAUAAUAACCAACUUUCUAGCCAAAUUCCACGAGAACUAGGUUAUUUAGCCAACUUAGACUACUUGAGGCUUAGCUACAACACACUGACAGGCUCCAUCCCGAACAACCUAGGCAAUCUCACAAAAAUCACUAGCUUGUAUCUUGACAAUAAUCAACUUUCCGGCCACAUUCCCCGAGAAUUAGGUUAUUUGGCCAACUUAGAUUCGUUGUCUCUUAGAAAUAAUUCACUAACAGGUCCCUCCCAAAUAACCUUGGCAAUCUUACAAAACUCACUACCUUGGACUUUGGCCAGAACCAACUUUCCGGGCCAAUUCCAUGAGGAAUAGCUUGGUUGUUGAAUAUAGACUAUAGAGUACUUUUAGAGCAUAGUAACAACAGACUAAGAGAUUUAAUCACAAACAGCCUAGACUAUCCUGUAGAAUUAUCUUUGUUGAGAAAUUUCACAAGAUGGCCCCGUCCUGCUGCUCCUCUCCUCUCCCUCACGGGCACGGGACCAAACCUCCUGCCGGACCCAUCUCCUCCGCCUCCAUGGUGCUGCUGCAAAAGCUCCUCCUCCUCACGGCGGCCGACGCCGACUCCUCCUCCGCGCUCGUCCUCACCGCCGCCACGGCCCACGCCCUCGCCGCCGGCGCCGGGUAACUCGACGCCAGCGUGCUCACCAGCGACUAGGCCGCCAUCUUGGACUACUGACUGCGUGACCCCUUUCGCCUGCGCCACCGACGUCAUUGCCAUUGCCGCGCUCUCCUGCGAGGACGCGCGGCUGGGCCGUCCCCGAAGCGCCCGCCGCCUCCAAGGAGAGGGCCGACCUCAGGAGGCUCCUACAAGGGUCCUCCAACCGCGCGGCCACCGUCGUCCCUAAGGCGGUCUCGUUCUCCAAGGUGCCUGCCGUGGCCUUCCGAUGCUCCGGUACUGAAGCUCCAUCGGGAACAGGGAUGCCAGCCCACUGGCCGUGCAGUUUGCUCCCUGCACUUGUCCUAAACUGGAGUCCCUGCAGAGAGCUACGGACAGCAGCAUGCGAAUUAGCGAGGAGGAGAUUCCCUAAAGUUCCCAAGUGCCUUUUUCAGAAGCAUCCCUGAAGAGCGAUUGCCCCCUGACGCUGCCGGUUUAUGUCGACUGGAAAAAGCCAGCCGAGUCCAGCGCGAUCAUAUUCCGGCGUGGGUAUUCGAGUGAGAGCCAAAAAGGCCAGCUGUUGGUGGAGAAACUUGAUUACCUGCAGUCCAAACUGUUGCAGAAUAUUUUCUUCAGCUUUUCCAAACCCUUGAUGCACCAAGGAGGACACUUUGAUGUGCUACUGGCUGCUCAAACGGGCGAGGCGACCCAGGAGGCCCUGUUGCCACUGGCCGUGCAACUUGUACUUAUGGUAGGCGCACUCGACAUUCAACCUCUCAGCGCCGCUCGGGCACUGCUCCUGUGCUACUGCUGCAUAGUGAUCAUGCUACUGACGGAAAGGGCACUGCUUCUUCGCGUGGAUUCUGCAGUGGUUACCCAAGCUAUCGUUUGCUCCCAGUUGUCCUAAACUGGAGCCCCUACAGUACAGGGUGAAGUGAAGAAAGCUACGGAGAGCAAUGAAUGAAUCAGCGAGGAAGAGAUUGCCUAAAGUUCCCAAGGGAACACGUGACUUUGGGGGAGAUCAUCAAAUGGCCAUAAGGCGGCAUGCACUUUCAGUAAUAACAGUUGUACUAUUUGAGAUGCACGGUGUUGCUGAAAUUGAUACACCUGCAUUUGAGUUGAGAGAAACCCUUACGGGCAAAUACGACCUUGCUGAUCAGAUCCAAUUGUAAAGCUAGCAUAGUUUUUUUUUUUCUUUUUUUGAAACCUGAAGGUGGCAUCCAGAGAAAACUACUUUCAGAACAACCGAUCAUUUCUCUCGUUUUUAGAUUACUUAAUCGAGUUCAGCCUCCAACUUAUUUCAUUCAUGUCUUCUGUACUGAUGAGCGGUAAUGAGAAUAACCAAAGAUAUGACAAGGUUUUUCUGUACUGUUCAAAUCCACCUGUCAUGAUGUAUUCCGUUCCCGCUGCACUUACAGGCUUUGAAUUUGGAUGCUGUAAGAAACUUCGGAUUAGGUAAUUAGUUGCUUCCUUAGCAUUGUUCGACCUCUACAAAGAUCUCAGACAAGACCUGCCACUGCCUGUUCAGUAUUCAUUGCGAAUCUUCAGGAUAUCUGUAUAUAGGAGGCUACAUGAUCUCUGUAGCUGUGAUAACUAUUUCGUGGUCUGUACUUAGUUAGCUGCAUUUCUUGUGAGUUGUUGUAAGAUAGGGGACCACACGUAUACAACCGUAUAUCUAUACAAAUACAAUACGGUUAUACAACCGUAUAUCUAUACAAAUACAAUACGGUUAUACAACCAUAUAUCUAUACAAAUACAAUACGGUUAUAUAUUCUAACAGUUGUGACACUUAACACAUUGUGAUGGUGUAUAGGAUGAUAUUCAGUCAACUGUUUUGAAAGGGGCUGUACUCGUAGUUUGAUCUAUAUUAAAGUGUGUGCACUAAUAUUCUAAAAUGAUGUGUUUCUUUCCAUUUGUUUAUGUUUUUUCAGAGUGUGAACAACCUUCAACGGAUAGUAGACAAGACUGAA